GACAGUUUGCAAAGUCAAUAUAUGGAUCAGCCUGGCAUGCAGAUGAUCCAUCUUGGCGCAGUAUUCUAGCCCUUGAAGGAAUCAAGGGAGUAUUGUAACCGCUUGAAAUGAUAUUGUUCUGGAUCGUAUUUUCAACCAUAUUAUUGAAUAUUUGGCCAAUAUAAUUGUUUUUAGCUGAAUUAGGGAGGACUGGAUUGCUUGUGGCAUUGUGGCAAUAGUUCAUUGGCCGUGAAAUCAUUUGAUACGCAGGCUUUGAUUUCAAAUCCUUAAAACUCGAAAUAUUCGCUAAUUCAACUUUAUUAGCAAUACUCUUUUAUUAGCCAUUAUGAGUUCUCGUCCAUCCGAUUCUGAAGCGGUUUUGGUAGAAAAUGCCCCUCACGCAGAGCCAACACUCAUGUCAUCGCUUAAAGCCGUAGCAUUUGCCAACUUUUACUUCAAUCUGCUGUUGGUUUUUGUCCCCAUCGCUAUUAUCGCCGGUAACCUCAAAUGGGGUGAUACAGUAACAUUUGCUCUAAACUUUAUAGCUAUUGUGCCAUUAGCCAAGAUGCUAGAUUUGGGCACUGAUGAAGUGUCCAAGAAAGUGGGUCAGUCAAUUGGCGCUUUGAUUAACGCUUCAUUUGGUAACGCUGUCGAGCUAAUUAUUGGAGUCAUGGCACUUCGCCAAGGACUGCUAACUGUCGUGCAGAGUUCACUUCUCGGCUCUAUUCUUUCCAAUCUUCUUUUUGUUCUUGGCUGGUGCUUCUUUAUUGGAGGCAUGUAUCACAAAACUCUUGUGUUUUCUUCCAGAGCUGCCAAUACUGCUGCCACAUUAUUGGCUGUGACUAUUUUUGGAUUUCUUAUUCCAGCUGCCUUUUCUCUUACGAUCAGCAAUAACGAUCCUAAUCAUCCCGCCCACAAGGAUUCCCGUCUAAUCAAUGUCAGUCACGGCACCAGUCUAUUGCUGCUGAUUGCUUACAUUGCAUUUUUGUAUUUCCAACUGAUUACUCAUCCUCAUGUUUACGAACCUCCUCGAAAUAUCGAAGCUGCCAACGAUCAGGAGGAAGAAGAAGAAGAAGAACAAUCACUACUUACUAUGCCCGUUGCAAUUGGUGUUCUUGUCGUUUCUGCAGUGAUUAUUGGUUUCUGUGCCGAAUAUCUUGUAGAUAGUAUCGAAGGUCUUUCCAAAACAGUUGGUAUUUCCGAAACCUUUAUUGGUUUAAUUAUCUUGCCUAUUGUUGGCAAUGCUGCUGAACAUGUGUCUGCUGUAUUUGCCGCUGCGCGUGGCAAGAUGGAUUUGGCUAUUGGUGUUGCACUUGGAUCAUCUAUGCAGAUUGCAUUGUUUGUUACUCCGGUGCUCGUGAUUGCUGGAUGGUCUAUGGGCAUGCCAUUGACUCUCAACUUCCCGAUCUUUGAUACUGUUGUUCUGUUUGUUGCCAUUUUGAUUACCAAUCACUUGAUUAAUGAUGGCGAGAGCAACUGGUUGGAAGGUUUCAUGCUGUUGGUUUGUUACGUCAUUGUAGCCGUAGCAUACUAUUAUAUCGGCGACCACUAAUAAACCUUGCUUGCAUUUUUUC